AUGAGCAUGAACAACAACAACAUCAACAUGUCAACCACCAAAGCCCGACAAUACGCGCACCUCCACUCGCAACUGGCGCAACUCAAUGCCCAUCUCGCCGAUACCGAGAACCUGGUACGAAUGACGGCUGUGCAGGCGGGCGACAUGCGAUUUUUGGGUGGCUAUGUGGGCGGCUUGUUUAUGGGGGCUGCGAAGGUUUUGGGCGAAGAGGGGGUGCAGCAGCAGAGUCAGCAGGAUAAGGGGAAGGAAGCGAAGACGGAGGAUGGAGAGGAGAGUAAGAAGGAGUGA